AUUUCGAUGCCGUCCUUUUUCUUGUUAGUCUGAUGUGUCACCUGGCAGUGAUCCUUAGACGAGACUGUGGUGGAUUCGAUCAAACCAGAUCCAUUUUUCUACUCACAUCCCCAACUUUGCGGGGUGCGGAGAGGCUCCCAGUAUUUCGCAGGAACGCAGCAGAGAAUGUGAUGGGUGCACGCAAUUGAGGUUGCACAAGAUAGCCAGCCACAAGCACGAAUUAUAUAUGGACGUCUAGGUCCCGCCGUCCUGGAAUUUGGAUCUACCGAGUUCGGUACUUUCGAAGAAUCUCUAGUCGAUAUCCAGGGUGGAUUUGAAGGCUGAAGACAUGGGAAUGGACUCCAAGGUGACCUUAUCCGAUGCGCAACACAUGGAGCAUAUGGACCAAUCAGCACAGAAGCAACUUGCGCUUCAAGGGGAGGCUCUCGAGACUUUAGAGAAGACGUAUGGAUUAUGGGAGUCAGUGAGGGCGAAUAAGCUAUGUCUAUUGUACAUGCUUGCGGCGUAUGCAUGCGCAGCUGUCUAUGGCUACGAUACUAUUGCGAAUGGAGCGAGUCUAGCUAUGCCUGCGUUUGAGUUAUACUUUGGCCAUUUUGAUGUAGCUACGAAAGAACUAUAUCUCGAUUCUAUCUGGACGUCUUUAUGGUCAUCUAUGACCAAUGUUGGAUCAAUACUAGGGUCUGCAGUUGCAGGGCCGAUGUCACAAAAGAUCGGACGAAGAUAUACAGGCAUGGCGUUUGGAGCUGUAACGACUGUGGGUGUAAUCGUGCAAUACACUGCUACCGCGAAAGGGACUCUACUUGCCGGAAAGAUGAUCAAUGGCUUGGCAGUUGGGGGAUUACUAGCUGUGGGUACAACUUAUGCUUCUGAGAUCUCACCACCACGUCUACGAGGUGUUCUUCUUGGCGGUCUUGCAUUCUGCGUCAUCGCUAUGCAACUCAUUGGCCUAGCAGUUGUGCGUUCUUUCGUCCCAAACCUGCACCCUUCAGCCUUCCGAACCGUCUUUGCUCUGCAAUGGGUAGUUGGCGCGCUACCUAUAAUUGCAUUCUUAUUUGCUCCUGAAUCACCUACAUAUCUUGUCAUGAAAGGAAAGCCUCUAGCAGCACACUCUUCUCUAGCAAGGCUCUAUGGCAAAAACAACAACAUCGAUGCUCGUUUGGCACACCUUCAAUCUGGCAUCCUUCAUGAAAUGCAAAAGGACGCAAACACAGCUGCGUCGUAUUGGCACUGCUUUCAAGGCACGGACCUAAAACGAACUUUGACAGUUUGCCUCAUCAUGUUUGGCAAUGGCCUUCUUGGCACUGCCCUUCUCACUCAGAAUAUAUAUUUCCUUACACUUACUAGCUUGCCUGUCAUACACGCUUUUGAUAUCAAUAUCGCAGGCUUCGGUCUAGCGUUGGUUAUCAUGCCUUUGGCAUGGAGGUUUGGAGACAGAAUUGGACGACGACCUCUAUAUUUGAUUGGAGUCGUAGGAAAUAUUCUUGCCUUGGCAACUAUUGGAGGACUAGGAUAUGCUACAUACUCUAAUACUGGUGCCGUAUGGGCUAUUGCCAUCCUAAUGAAUCUCCUCAUCGUCUGGCAACAACCCACGAACUCUAUGGUAUCAUGGUCAAUGCCACCUGAGCUUUCAUCGUACAAACUACGACAGCACACACAAUCCAUCAGCAUCAUAGUGCAAGCCUUCACCAGUUGGCUUUUUGCUUUUGUCACUCCUUACAUGUAUAAUGUUGGAGCUGGCUCUGGUAAUCUCGGAGCCAAGACUGGAUUUGUGUUUAUGGGAACCAGUAUAAUUCUCUUGCUUGUCUCAUACUUUGUGAUACCAGAAACCAAAGGACUGACGACUGAGGAGAUCGACUUUCUGUAUGAGAGUAAGGUUAGCCCAAGGAGUUUUGGUUCUGUGAAGGUUUUGGGACCGAGGGCCGCGGAUAAGGUGGAAUUAAAGAGUUGGAGUCAAAAGUCUGGAGUUACGUCGGAAAGUUGAUUUGAUUUACAAGUAAUAUUUGAGUGAGCAUUUUUAGAUGGAUAAUGGAGUUCGCGAAUGGAAUGGGAUGGGCGAAGAGAGGCGUAUGGAAGAAUAUCAUGAGCGAUGCAUAUACCCCUAUCAUUAUCAUCUAAUCGACGGAAUAGACAGAGUCUAACAAAUAUUCCUAAUCAGCCUUGGAUCUUACUUUGAUGAUACGAC